AUGCAAAAGAGCUGCAGUAUCGGUGGAACAUCUUCAAGACCAAAUCCGGGAGCAAUCAAAAGCUUUCAGGCUGCAGCUCAAACAGUUGGUUGUGGGUUCAAUGCCACCGAUAACCAGGAAGUUGGACGUAUGCUUCUUCGAUGGUAUCGACUGCUCUUGUCGAUUCAGGAUUCGCACAUGAGACGUAGCACACAUGUUCCAGAAGAGAAGUUUGCGGUCGCUUUUUGCUGA